AUGUCUGAUCUUGAUGGAGAUCAAGCUUCAGACAAUGAUGAAACAGAAACAGCACAUAUUGAAAGGGAAAUAGCCGAAGAGUCUUUGGACACAGCUACGGAAGCACCUAAACCUAUCUCAAAGCUACCUUCAUUCAAAAAGAAGACAAGGGAAGAAAAUGAAGAAGAAAGAGCGAGACUAGAAGCAGUAAGACGGGAAAUUAGGGAACUAAAGAAUAAUUCAUCUCGUCAAAAUGAUGACGAUGACGACGACGACGAAAAGAAUGCAAAACCUACUGAUCCACAACAAGCCUUAAGAGAUGAAAUUGAUCGUGAAUUUGCAAAAGCAUUGAGUAGCGGAAAGAAAAAGAAGAAGAGACGUGAUGCUGAGGAUCUGGAGAAUGCUAUGGAUGAUGAAUUAUCCCAUUUGAGAGACCGUAUGAAGGGAGCAUGUGAAGAAGACGCUAUUUCAAACGGAGAGAGGAAACCAGCAGUUGCCAAGCUAAAGAUGUUGAAUGAAGUAAUGAGCAUUCUUACAAAUAAGCAUCUACAAGACCUUAUUCUCGACAAUGGACUCUUGGACGCUAUUCGAGUCUGGCUUGAACCUCUACCAGACCGCUCUUUGCCAAGUUUAGACAUUCAAGUGGCCAUGCUCGACAUCUUGGACAGACUUCCUAUUUCAGGAGAACACUUACGUGAAAGCGGCGUGGGAAAGAUUGUUUAUUUUUAUACAAAAUGCUCACGCGUUGAACAGCAUAUAAAGCGAAAGGCUGACCAAUUGGUAGCCAAAUGGAGUAGGCUUGUCAUCAAGCGCAGUGAAAAUUACAAAGAACGCCGUCAUGCUGUGCAAGAAUUGAGGCAUGAGGACAUGAUACAAAAGAGAAGAAAGUAUAAACGUGAAGAUGAACCAGAAGAAGAGUCUGUGGGUGGUAGUCGACUCCAUGUUCGUAUUCCUCAAGCAGUAGCAGCAGAUUAUGAUAUUGUACCUCAAAGUAUAGUAAGGGCAGAUAAGAAUAAGUCAUCAAAAGAUAAUACUACAUUCAGACGAUUGAACAAUACGAUGCGUACGAUCAAGACUGGUCCCAAGAGGUCAACCCCCAAGGUGUCUAUAGAAGGAAAGGGCAUGUCAUUCUAA